GCGCGCGGACCUGCAGCGGCUUUUCCUCCUAAAAUGGCUGAAAAAUAGAAGUGAAAUAAUUAAAAUAAAGUAAAGAACAGAAACAGAAAGCUCUGGUGCUGCUGCCGCGGGCUGUGCGGGACUCUACUGGGUUCUACUGGGUUCUACUGGGAGAGAAACCUUCCAAUGAACUGCACCAGGGUUCUCCACAUCCUGAACCCUCGCCCGGGGGGUCCAUCUCCCAUCAUGCCUGUCGACAUGGCCGUGAGGAUCUGCCUGGCCAGCUCUCCUCCUCUAUGCUCCUUCCUCAGUAACUACGACCACCGCCGUUCCUCCUCAGCAGCCGCUCUGAUGAAGCGCUGUGAACCGCUGCGUCCAUGUCUGUCCUUCAGUAGCGUCGCCACGGCAACCUCCACGCUAGCUGCCGCAGAGAUCGGCGGCCCGGCGUGGCUGAGGAGGAAGAAGAAGAAGAAGAGCGUGGUGUUUGCAGACUCUCGAGGUCUGGCGCUCACCGCCAUCCAUGUCUUCAACGAGGCCGAGGACGACCCGCUGACCGAGCUGCAGUUCCACCUGACGGAGAUAGAGGGCGUCGCUGCCGGACCGCAUCUAGGAGACAACAAAGAUGCUGCAGAUUGUGGUUCGGGCCUGGUUCUGGGCUUCACCCAGCCGGCUGCAGACUAUCUGGACUUGAGGAACCGGCUCAAAGCCCAGCAGGUUUGUCUGGAAACCUGUUCUGUCCAGGAGCGUCUGCUCUCAGGUUCUGUUCAGGUCCGAAACCUCCACUUUGACAAGUCGGUCUCAGUCCGGAUCACUUUUGACUCGUGGCGGUCCUUCCUCGACGUUCCUUGUCUGUACCUGAACAACGUCUAUGGCUGCCCAGACACCGAUACUUUCUCCUUCUCUGUCUCAGUACCAGAGUUACUGGAGCCCUCCAACAGAAUGGAGUUCUGCAUCCAGUACCAGACCCAGGACCACACCUUCUGGGACAACAACCAAGGGAACAACUACCGGCUGGUGGACCCAAAAGGCAUCCCGGCCCAGAGCACGGAGAGUACCGCCGGGCUGGAGAUCCGGAGAGACCGGGGCGGAGAGAAGGUGGAGACUGUUGAGUUUGAUCCCUUUGGAAGUCCCAGGACUUCAGCAGGAAACUUCCCUGAAUGGCUGAGCUGGGGUCACAUGGAGACCAGUGCCCCCUACUGGUGAGACCACCACAGAUCAGGUUUUUUUAUGUUGCACUCACUGAGAUCUUGUUCCCAAGAGAAUCUCAGUACCCUCACAUGAGCACUGCAACGCCUCCUUGAAUCCUCUGGAGGUUAUCCAGACGUGUUUGUAAGAUUCACUACAGAUUAUUGCUUCACUUGAGCCUCUGUAGCUGCACUACAUUGUUUUGAGUUCUUAUGAAAGACGACAUCUGGAUGGAUCGGAAGGACACUUCAGGUAUUCAAACUCUAGUCAGCCCAACAGUGACUUAAAUGCUAAUCCUGGUUUCCUGGAAUCCAGCGGCCCUACAAGAUCCAGACCAGGUUCACAUCUAGUCCUCCUUUGCUGCAACUGAGCCACAGUUCAGCUGGACUCAUGGUUAAACCUCCCAAAACCCAUGAGGGGUUCAAGGACAGACCAAAAAGCUCCACAAGGCCACAUCAGUGUUUCACAGGAGUUUAUAUCCAUUAAAGAGUGCUUUGUAGAAAGCAUCCAAAGGAUUCUUCAAACAUGGCAGGACCUCCUUUUCUCCAGAAUCACAGUCCUGUUUCUGUUGAAUGAAGGAGGAUUUAUGUGCAUUCUGCUCCAAGGAUGAGACUUGUUCCUCCUCCCCUCCGAUUCUCCUUUUUUCUUUCUACCAUGGCAGCUGGUUCAUGGUUCUUUACAGAAUCCUUCAGAACAUUCAAGUUUUGAAACAGCUGCCAGUGAAAACCAGCACCAUGUCUUCAAGUCCUGAACACUGUGUGGAAAAGUCUGGAGAAGUCUGAAACCAGUCUGACUUGUAGGGUUUGAAGUAGGGAUGCACUGAUGAGACCUUUUCAGUCCUGAUACCGAUACCUGGUCUUUGGGCCGAUACCGAGUACCGAUGAGAUGCUGGUGUUUAAUACUGUGGAUGUCUCACAGGUGGAGACUGGGAUCGUUCUUUAUGUUUAAGGACUUAAACAUUGUUUUUUUUUAACUUUGUAGAACAGAAUGAAACAAAUAAAUUCAUAGAUAUAUUUAGUACUGAAUAGUUAUUUAUUGAAAGAAGGGUAUCUGAUAGCAGAUCAGCAUAUUAAGAACCUGAUCCAGCUGUCUGAGUCAGUAUCGGACCGAUCUCAGUAUCCGUAUCGGUGCUUCUGUACUUUAAAAACAGAGAAGUGAGACGGGACUAAGGAUGCCCCCCAAUACCCGGUUCUAAACCGGAACUGAUAAGAAAGUACUAAAUAAGCGGGGUAUCGAUAAGGUUAGGAGUCUACGGUUCUGCUAUCGGUACUUUAGAAGUUACGGAGUGAGAUCUCCGCGGGGAAAAAAGAGCGCUGUUAACCUCUUUCCUUUGUCCCUAUCUUUGCACAAGGGGUGGACUUGUGCUCUACUUUGACACACACACACACAC